CAGGGGGGUUGCUCAGGUUGCCCGGGCAACUGCCCAUAUACCCUUCUCGACUCACGUUGCCCUUCCGAGGUGGAAAAAAAUAAAUAAAAAAAAUCGUACAAUGGAUGCAGAAUUUCACGUAAGCCUAGAUUAAAAAAAAAAAAAAAACGCAAAGCCUCAUUCACUUCCAUAUUCGGGAAAGUGAAAGUCAGUAGGGGAAGGGCAAACUCUGUUUACGUGGCUGCAGCGCUGCACGCGACCGGCACCUGAGCUGAGCCUGCAUGAGCGGCACCAGGAGAUUGUCGCGGUUGUCGGGUGAGACGACUUAACGUUGUCGGAAAGCCAAGAUGCCCACUGAAAAGAGGCGGAUUCAGGAGAGGGAGAGACGAUUCAGGGAGGCAGCAAAGGGCAGCACAUCACUGCAGGGUUGGCUGCGAAAAAGCCAACCAGCAGAUGAGGAGGAGCAGUCACAAGCCUCCAGUCUAUGUGAGGAAAAUGUGGACCAGGAGGAGGCACAUAGAUCAGAUCUGUGAAGAAAAGAUGUUCUGUUGGUAUGCUCUGGCUCUGUUGACUCUGGUCCCAGUGGUUACAGGUAACAAUGCUGGAGUUAAAGUCAUAAUAACUCAGAGAGGACUUGAUUAUGUUGCAAUCACUGACAUUAAGAAGACACUCAUAGGGAUGGAAAUUCCAGAGAUAAAUGGUACAGCACAGAUACCUGUGAUUGGUCAAGUUCAGUAUAUUGCUAAAGGUAUUUGUAUUCUUGACAGAUUUAAGAUUCAAAAUCUGGGAAAUUUUGAAUCAGUGGUGAACUUUGUUGCUGGAACUGGAGUCAGUAUAAAUAUUAAGAGUGCCGACCUUUACCUUUCUGGAAACUGGACAGUACGGUCAAAUAAAAUACAAGAUGGUGGGACGUUUGAUCUGAUUACAAGUACAGUUUCCAUAAGCGCUGCUGUUGCAGUCAAAAGUGAUGAAACUGGCCACCCAACAAUCAGCAUAAAUGAAUGUACAGCCAUAGUUGAGAGUUUCCGAGUCAAACUUCAAAGCAGAUUCAGUUGGCUUCUAGAGAAAAUGUCUGCCUUGAUUAAUCUCUUUGGGCGAGGCAAAAUUGCAGAACAGAUCUGCAAAUCGUUAAAAACCGCCAUUGCUGAAUAUAACAACAAGCUGGCAACACUGAAUGCCAACAUAAGUGAAUAUGCUGGAAUUGACUACUCGCUGAGGUCUGCUGUCACCUCUAAAACCAGCAUUGAGUUCGGUUUAAAGGGCGUGUUCUAUAACAUUCAACAGCGCAAAGAGCCCCCCUCCCCUCCCACAGCUCUCCUACCAUUGGCUUCCCAGAACACCGAAAUGUACUGCAUUGCGAUAUCUGCCUUCACCAUCAACUCCGCAUUCUUGGUGUUCCACGACGCUGGGUUCUUCAACAUCAACAUCACUGAUGACAUGGUGCCUUCUGUUUCUUCAAUUCUUCUCAGCACCACAACAUUUGGAGCAUUCAUUCCUCAAAUUUCUCAAACAUACCCUGAUCUGAAGUUGGAGCUGGAGGUAAAGUCAGUGAAGGAACCUGCCAUUAAAUUUGAACCCAACAAUGUGAUUGUUCAGCUCUUCAGUACGGUGACAGCUGUCCAAUCUAACACAACGACUCAACUCUUCGUCCUCAAUAUGAAAGCCAUUGCCAGUGUUCAAGUGUCUGUGAAUAAGGAUAUGCUGGUAUUAGAUUUAACCCUUGAGAAAAUUGAUGUGAGUAUGAACCGCACAAGAUUUAAGUUCACAAAACACGAUUUCCUAACAGUGGUCAUAACAGACAUUGUGUUUCCCAUUAUUAAAGCUCACUUAGAGAAAGGUUUUCCACUUCCUGGUUUACUUGGAUCCACCAUUGGGAAGGUUCACUUUGUAAACCCUCAAGUUGAGGUUCUUAAAGAUUACGUGUUGAUUGGAACAGAUAUUCAGUUCACAGAAAACACAUCAUCUUAGGACCACUAAGGGAAAAUAUGUUUGUAAAGGUGAUUUAAAGAGAACUCAAAUGCAUUUGCCUCUUCAAAAAUCAUGGUUUGCA